AUGAUUACAAUAAUAAGAAAUUUUUUAGCUAAUAAAUCACCAAUAGCUCAUAAAUAUAUGAAUCAUGAUUUUACUAAUGAAGAUGAUGAAUUUAUAGAAUUUGAUUCAUAUAUAGUACCUGAAAGUGAUUUAGAACAAGGUCAAUUUAGAAUGUUAGAAGUUGAUAAUAGAGUAAUUAUUCCUGAAUUAACUCAUACUAGAAUUGUAAUAUCAGCAGCUGAUGUUAUACAUUCUUAUGCUUGCCCUUCUUUAGGUAUUAAAGCAGAUGCUUACCCUGGUAGAUUAAACCAAGCUUCUGUUUACAUAAAUCGUCCUGGAACUUUCUUUGGACAAUGUUCAGAAAUAUGUGGUAUUUUACACAGUUCUAUGCCUAUUGCUAUACAAGCAGUAUCUAUAAGAGACUUUCUAUUGUGA